AUGGAGACCCCGGGGGCCAGAGCUGCUGUUAUGGAGAUCCCCAAUGAGAGGGUAGAGAAUAAAGAAACCUUUGAUAAAUCUCAAGGAGAGAGGUUCAUUUGUUGGAGACCAAAGGCUAGGUAUGGGGAGAAGUCUAGAAAUAGGCAUGAUAAGUUUAGAGAAAGGUCUGAUAACGAUUUGAAUCCGUUCAAAAUCAAGGAAAUUGAUGGGCAGCACAGCACGGUUAUGAUAAAAAACAUACCCAACAAAUGCAGUUGGAGAAGGUUGUUGGAUUUUCUUGAUGAACACUGCAUUCAAGAGAAUGAGAAGAUUAAGAAAGUGGGGAGCAACGCUCAAGAGAUGUUCUCUGAAUACGACUUCUUGUAUCUACCCAUGGAUUUCAAGAACAAGUGCAACUUGGGGUACGCAUUUGUAAAUUUUACAAGUGCAAUGGGGGCUUGGAAGCUUUACAACAAGUUAAAUGGAUAUCAAUGGAAGGUUUACUCCUCUAAGAAGAUUUGUGAGGUCACUUAUGCAAGAAUUCAGGGAAAGCAAGCCUUAGUGAAGCAUUUUUGUGGCAGCACCUUUAUGUGCAAUUGUGAUGAUUAUCUGCCCCAUCUAUUCUCUCCACCUCGCAAUGGUUCAGCCCUCUCCGAAUCUAUCACAGUGGGACGGCGACUGCACCGAUUUCAUCCCUAA